AGGUUGCGGUGACGUCACGCGGCUUUACCGCAGUCUCUCCGACCUUCAUCACAUCCUCACCAUCGUCUUCAUCGGUCGUCCGAUUGAUCCGCGCGGGAGGCAGCGCGCGCGCCCCGACAGCUCGCUCAUCUUCAUCACCUCCUCCUCAUCUUCAUCAUGUCCGGAUCAAAGGAGGAACGCAAAGGCUCAGGGGAAUGGCACGAGUUCUUCUGGAACCCGCGCACGCGCGAGCUGUUCGGCCGCACGGCCACGAGCUGGGGCCUGAUCACGCUCUUCUACCUGAUCUUCUACCUGUUCCUGGCCGGCAUGUUCGCUCUCACCAUGUACAUCAUGCUGCUCACACUGGACGACUACAAGCCCACCUGGCAGGACCGGCUGGCCACUCCAGGAAUGAUGAUUCGUCCGAAGGGGAACCAGCUGGAGAUCACCUUCACGGUGUCCGACACUGAGAGCUGGGAUGGCUUCGUUCAGAACCUCGACCUCUUUCUGUCUCCAUACAACGACAGCUUCCAGGUUCAGACCAACGAUGACUGCCCACCUGAUCAGUACUUCAUCCAGGAGGACAGCGGAGAGGUGAGAAACAAUCCCAAACGCUCCUGUCAGUUCAACCGGACCAUGCUGGGAGACUGUUCUGGGGUGUUGGACCGUUUCUAUGGUUACAACAGAGGCCAGCCCUGCAUCCUGAUCAAACUGAACCGGGUGAUCGGGAUGUUACCUGGGAAGGACGGGGAGUCUCCUUAUGUCACCUGUGGAGCCAAGAGGGAGGACAGCGAGAAGAUCGGACCUCUGGCGUAUUUUCCCACCAACGGCAGUUUCAACCUCAUGUACUACCCGUACUACGGCAGGAGAGCCCAGGUGAACUACACCCAGCCUCUGGUGGCUGUGAAGUUCCUGAACGCCUCUCUGAACACGGACAUCGAUGUGGAGUGUAAGGUCAUCUCCAACACGCUAAUCGCCGGCAGCGAGCGCGACAAGUUCGCCGGACGGGUUUCCUUCAAGCUGCGCAUCAACGACAAAUAGACACCUGGACACUGCCGUGUUUCCUGUGCCCCCUGAACACCUCACACUCACCUGCUGGUUCAGUUUCCAGCUUUAUGAUGCGUUCACUGACAUCCUCGUGUUUGUUUUCUUCCAUUCGUUUGUCGUUCUUCUGUGCAGCUCAAACCGGCUCUUUGAGUAACCAAUCAGCACACACUUCCACUCUGAUGUCACUGCCACGUUCAAACCCAGCAGACCCCCCCCCCCCCACCGUCUGCUCAAAGACCAAAUGAUGAUUCUUCAGUGUCUGACCUCAACGUUUCAUUCAUCAGAUGUUUGAUCUGCCAUCAGGAAUCUGAAACCAGAGACUGAGAAACGGUCCAAACUGGAAACUCAUGGAAGUUCUGGUCCUUCAGAACUAACCGGGUCAUGGACUCCAUCUGGACUCAGAGCAGAACCAGCUGAUCCGUCUAAACAGGAACCAGCUCAGAAACCAGUUUACCAGUACAAUCGGGACAUGUUUGUUAACAAAGAACAGCUAACGGACUGAUUUAUAAACCGACCCGUCAGAACACAAACCGGGCCAUCAGUCCAUCAGCCGGACCUCUAACUAGAAACAGGACCAAACUCGCUCUAAUCAUUCCAUUGUUUGUGUUGUCAUGGAAACAGAGCCAAUCAGAGCCAAUAGCUUUAGAAACCUCGACUGUUGUUGUUUAUGCAGUUUCUGUUGUUUACCUUUUGUUUUCUCUCUGAUUGAUUCUUAGGUUCUGUUGAGAAUCGAUCAGUUGAUCAUUUGAGGAUUUAAUCUAGAUAUGGAGUUAGUAAUUAUUUAGAAUUUAGUCUGUGUCUGUUUUUGUUUACAUGUUUACUUUAUCUGUAUCAUCACGGGGUGGAAUGAAUGACAGAAACAUUGUUCAGUCACUCUGUGAACUCACCUGGCCACGCCCACCAACCUGCCCUACACCAACCGUCUUCCUUCAUAAAAGCCAACAGCCAAUCAGGCAGUCAUGUUGUGUCAUAUCCUGUUCCUGUUUGUGAUUGGUUGAUUCCCAUCACCUGAAAUGUCCUGACCUGAGAAAACAGAGAUUAAAGAAGAAAUGAACUAAA